AAGUCCAUCACGGAAUCGAGUCUCCUCCCACCGCGAGCACAACUUUUGGAAAGUGGAAGAGAGAGAGAAAAAAAAGUCUUCCUCUCGCGAUAGUACCUCGCUUAUACAGCCGCCAUAUUGUGCGACAGUAUUAUGAUUCGUAUCUACUGGAAGUGAGGAAAAAGAGAAAAGUGAAGGGCCGUCGAGGGGAGGGGAGGGGGGCUAAAGAAGAAGAGCUGUCAAAAAGGUAUUGCCGUGUCCGUCUCAAAGCGGAGGGCUGGGGCUCGCUUCCCCCCCCCCCCUCCCUCGCCCCCCUCCCUCCCCGAGCGUUAUUUCGAGGACACAUUAAGGCCCGGGGCCUCGGAAGCAACUUCGCUUUUCGUCUGCCCGAUACUGGUUGGAGCUUUCCCGGGUUCUCGUGUGCCAGCGCCCCGGCCCUCUGGAGGUCCGGCGGCGUUCAGGGCUGUCGAACGCGACCCGAGCCGAGGCGAGGCGGCGGACACGGCGAAAGUCCAAGAAGACUUUCAAGAUGAAGGCUUUUUGCUGCCGCAACUAAGUGGAGAGUGCGCCCACCGCAACAAGUCGUCCCGACCUGGCAACAGACGAAUGGCCCAGGGAAGCCACCACAUUGACAUUCAGGUUUUGCGGGACCUGCGCCAGAAGUUCCCUGAAGUCCCCGAGGGGGUGGUGUCCCACUGUGUUCUGCAGAAUAACAACAAUUUGGACGCGUGCUGCGAAUAUUUGUCCCAGGUCAGUCCGGGCUACUUGUACGGCGAGGAGGCCAAGGUCCACUUUUGCGAGGGGCCGCGCAAUCACAUGACCCAGCUGAACCUGGGCCCGCAGUCUCACAAUGCGCACGCGGCCCCGCCGCGGGACGGCCUGAGGAUGAACGGCGGCCGCGCGCCGGCCCGCGGCCCCGGCCCGGACGCCUCGGAGCCCCCGCGCAAGCCGCGGCCCCCGCAGCACCUGGGACUCUACCCGCCGGGCGCCAAAGGAGCGGGCGGGGCCCCGCAGCAGGCGGCGCCGCGCUUCAACCCCAUCACGGUGACGCUGGCGCCUCACAUCCAGACGGGCCGCAGCACGCCCACGUCCUUGCACAUCCACGGCGGGCCGCAGUCGGGCCUGAGCAGUCCGCAGGGCAACUCCAUCUACAUCCGGCCCUACGUGAGCCAGUGCGCCGGCGGGCGGGGCGGGGGGGCCCCCGCCGCCCAGCCUCCCGGCCAGCAGCUCUACCAGAUCUGCCACCCUGCGCCGCCCCCGCCUUCGCACGGGCAGGGCCACCGCACGUCUCACGUCUACGUGCCCAUCGGCUCGCCCACCAAUUCGCAGGCGCCCUCGGCGUUCCCCCCCGGGGGGCAGCCGUCCCCGUCCUCCUGCUCGUCGUCCUCGUCGUCGUCCUCGUCGUCGUCCUCCGUCAUGCCCGCCUCGCUCUCCGCCGUCAGCCAGUACAACAUCCAGAACAUCUGCACGGGCCCGCGCAAGAACCAGAUCGAGAUCAAACUGGAGUCCCCCCAGAGGAGCAACUGUGCCACUGCGACGGCCGUGCUGCGGGCGGCCGGCGGCGCCGGCGGGGGCGGCGGCUCCCGUUCGGCAUCCGCCUCCUCCUCCUGCCCUUCGUCCUCCUCGGCCGGGGCCCCCGCCCUCCCCAGCGCGCCGCUCUCCAUCGGGGGCUCGGGUCUGAGCCGCAGCCAGCCCACCGUCUACAUCUCGGCGAGCCCGCCCUCCCCCGCCCCCGCCCCUCCCGAGGAGGCGGCGUCCCGCUCCCAGCCCAAGUUUUACAUUUCGGCCAACUCCUCGGCCGAGGACGGCGGCGCUCGGAACCCCCCCACGGUCUACAUCUCGGCUAACCCUCCGUUGCAGGGGCCGGCGGGCGGCAGGAGCGUCGGGGGCCAGGUGAGCAUGGGCCCCGCCUACAUCCACCACCAUCCGCCCAAAUCCCGGGCCUCGGCGGGAGUGGGGGGCGGCGCCGCCUCCUCGCCACGCGUGGUGGUGACUCAGCCCAACACCAAAUAUACUUUUAAAAUCACUGUGUCCCCCAACAAGCCCCCCGCCGUGUCCCCCGGGGUCGUGUCCCCGACCUUUGAGCCCAACAAUCUCCUGGGCCUCCCGCCGGAGCACCGCUUUGCCGAGCCGGACCCCCUCCGCCUCUCGGAGCCGCUCUCGCCGGCCGGCGAGCGAGCCGGCGAGCCGCGCCGACUCAGCGUGGGCUCCGACGACGCCGCCUACACGCAAGCCCUGUUGGUCCAUCAGAAGGCCCGCAUGGAGCGGCUGUGGCACGAACUGGAGCUGAAGAAAAAGAAGCUGGAGAAGCUAAAAGAGGAGGUCAACGAGAUGGAGAACGACCUGACCAGGAGACGACUGGAGAGAUCCAACUCGGCCUCCCAAAUCCCUUCGAUGGAGGAGAUGAAGCAGCUGCGAUGCAAAAACCGCCUGCUCCAGAUCGACAUCGACUGCCUCAGCAAGGAAAUUGACCUCCUGCAAAAAAGAGGUAAGCCUCGCGGCCCUUUUGAGCCGAGCCCCCCGGUGAACCUGGCGGCGUGUUCCUCUUGCGCGGCAGACGCUCCCACUUUGGCGGAGCAGGAGGAAGACGAGGGCACGCAGUGGAGCUGCACGGGCUGCACCUUCCUCAACCACCCGGCCCUCAACCGCUGUGAAGAGUGCGACCUCCUACGGGACUUUUGAGCCGCCUGCUUGAAUCGCAGAAGAGAACCGGGGGGGCGCUGGGAUUCUGUCCCUCCUGGGAUGGCCUCUUUUCUCCAUCUUUAGUUUUUUGCUGACCCCACCCCACUGAAGUUUGCGGCAUGCUGUCCUCCUGAAGCUUUGACUGGAUACCGUUUACAGCUUGUGGUUUUUUUCCCCCCCCUCAAGGCAGGCACCGGUGGAUAAUACCUCACGUUAGACACUCAGAUCGCGUGGGGUCUUUUUUUUUUUUUUCUGCCCCCGCUCAAGGUCCCCUUCCCUCAUUGGGAGGCGGGGGCGGGGGGGAUACCUCGCUGCUCCCACUCACUCACAGUAUUACGAGCGUGACCCCUCGCAGUGUCACAUCCUCACCGCAGGCGCCGACGUGACGUGUCUUUGGCCCGACGGGAGUCCCCCUUCACCCCCCGGUGGCUUGCCGCGGGGAUUUGGCAAUGUCGGUCCGCGGCGCUCCAUCCAAAGGGAAGACCAACGGACCACUCGUGGAGCUGAUUUGCCGUUUGUAGAGGAUGCUAAAGGGCAAUCUGGCAGCCCGGCUGCCCCCCCCCCCCCCCCCCCCGUCUCGUUUGACGAUAUUCCUUCCCUUUGACUUCAAAAAUGAAAAAAAAAUGCAUGCUUUGUGUACAGAAAGUGCCUUUUUACUGUACAUAAUUUCCAAAUGCGCCUUCUUCCUCACACUAUGAAUCACCUUUAUUCCCUGUAAGUAUAGCGAGCAACUUUAUUACUUGUUGAGUUUCCCUCUUAUUCAUUGGCUAAGUGACCCCCCCCCCCCCCCCCCCCCACCACCACACCACCUCCCCCUUUGUAAGCGUGUCGGUUGAUUUCUGCGAGACUUUGAGAGCACGAAAGAAUCUCACCGUCAUCAGAAAGCGCCACCUGCCGCGAGUUCAUCGACACUGGCGUCAACCGCUUGCGGUUUCGGAGGAGGCAAAGCGGCGCCGCACCCCCCCGCCCCCUUCCCACUGCACCGAAAAUAUUGGAAAUCACAAUUACGAUCUGUGUUUUUUUGAAUUAUUAUUAUUAUUUUUAAAUCUGACAACUGGAAUGUGGGUUUAAUAUUUGGGGACAGCAACCCCACCUCAGUGCAAAAAGACAUUUCCAGUACAAUCGUCACAGCGGAGUUCCUUGGAACAGUUAACGAAAUUGUCCUGUCCUGUUUGUUAUUAUGCUCUUUUUUGUUUUUUGUUUUUGGAGGUACUGAGAUUCAUAGUGAAUAUGUCAAAAGUGUCCUGAAUAAAGGUCCGAAUUUUUACAUUGAGGGAAACUAUAAAAAGCACAACUUGACUGUUCACUUUGUACCGUUUGGCUCAGAUCAUCCUCAAGCUUUUCUUGGUGGGGGGAGAGGGGGGGCUUCUACUUAACCUGAAUGUGGAAUUGUUAUAUUUUCUGAUUUGGGCCUUUGCGUUUAACAUUGAAAUCUCUUUGCAUUUGUUCCUUCGGAACGAUGAAAUCGAUAUCAUGUCAUCGUUUUCUUACAAAAUUGAAAUCCAUCCCAAAAAAAAGAACAGAAGAACAAAGUGUCGCAAUGCACAUCGAAAAACAUUUCGGCUUGAUCUGCACCGCGGUGGGAAGAGGCGGUUUAUUUGGUUUCAUCAAAUGGAGAAAAGUCAUAAUUGCAACAUCCAAAAUGUGUCUUUGUUUCUACCCGAGAAAACUUUCUUUGUAACAGAUAAGUUAUUUGUAAAAAAAAAAAAAAAAAAGAUAAUAAUACAAA